AUGGCCGGCCUGCUGGCCGCGGACUCGCCUAUCAUGGGAUUGGCCGGGAUGAUGCAGCCUCAUGAUCUCGGCUCGGCCGCUACCACAGGAAUGGGAAGCUUUGUAGGAUGCGGCCCGAGCUUCAGUUCGUCUGCCUUGAGCUACCAGACCGGCGGGCCAGCUCCCAUGUACAGAUAUACGCCUAGUCUGGAUUAUCAAGCGGAUGGUGCCCUGAAUGCCGGUCGAUCAUUCCGAGAGGACUUGUUUUCCGCAUCAACUCCGCUGGCUGCCCCAUCCGGCUCCGAGUCCAUAACACCGGGGAGCGGAUUUAAUUCACCCUCGAUGCCGCCGGGCGUUCUUCAGUCACACAACAUCCACGUCCUCAAGAGCCAAUCACCGGCGAGGGACGAAACAGAUACUUUACUCGCUCAGUUCCUUCUACAGGAUGACAUUACUCUGAGUAGAGCACUGCUAAAGAAUAUCCGCACAAAUAAGAUAACCCUCAAGGACAUUCUGAGAAAGGGCCUCCAGUCACUGGAAAGAGACGCAGACAGCCCUUUGAACAGCACGAGGAUGGUUGAUGGUUCAUUACAAGGGCGCAAGCCUACACAAGUGCAGCUCCCCGAUCUUCACGCCAAUACAAUCCGCAUCACGCAAAUGUCGUUUGUAGCAGCUGUUCUAUAUAACGCAACCAUGCUGGGCAUAUCAGCACCAGAAAUGUUUGCACACGACACUGAAUCUCAUUUUUUUGCAUCAAGGAAAGCGUUAGGUGGAAUGGAAGAUAUUGCAGAACAAGUUGCAUAUGUUGAUAUAAAAGACGACCUGAAGCCCACCCAGAACCAACUCACACAACGUCAUCACCCCUACAUCGACGCUCUCCCCUUUCGGACUUUCCGAGAGCGGUUAAUAGCAUUAAUUAAUGCUGAGCCCAGUAUCAUCAACAUGGAAGAGCUCUGUCACGAUCUACAGAGCGAUGGAGUGAUUUGUUGGGGGUCCGGUGCUGGGGCUGGCACUGGACACUCUGGCGCGCCGUGGGAUAUCCGAAGCUGGGAAGUACGGCCGUGGUUUCUGAAGAAAUACUGGAUGAUUACAGAAGGCACUGGGGGAGAGAUGUAUCAGCAGGCUAGAUGGUGGUGCGAGAUGAGGGGAGAAGAGGUGCCGACGUUGUGGUGA